CAUCACUUUCUGACAGGGAACUAUGCAUGUAAUGCAGGUCUUUUUGAACUACUGAAAAGAAAAAACCUUAUGCAUUACUACUAGCCUGCUACUUGUCUCGAUCGUUAAUGCAGGAUCCUCUUUCCCCCAUAGGAUAUGUUAUUUUUGCAGCUCAUUGUAGUGUGCCAACAAUCCCCACAUGAACUACCUCACAACCUCUGUUCUUGAAGAGAGGUGAACGAGCGCAUCAUCCUUCCGUUUUCCAGGAGAGGUACCGAUCGAGUAGCGGCCGGCGAUGUCGUCGAGUGAGGGGAAGAAGACGGCGUGCGUCACCGGAGGGAGCGGUUACAUCGCUUCAGCGCUCAUCAAGCUGCUGCUCCAGAAAGGCUACGCUGUCAAGACGACCGUCAGAGACCCCGAUGACACGGAGAAGAAUUCCCACCUCAAGGACUUGCAAGCGCUUGGCCCCUUGGAGGUCAUCCGUGCCCGGCUGGACGAAGAAGGCAGCUUCGACGAUGCAGCUUCCGGCUGUGACUACGCCUUCCUUGUCGCCGCUCUGAUGAACUUCGGCUCAGCAGAUCCUGAGAGAGAUAUGAUCAAGCCGGCCGUCCAAGGAACACUCAACGUGAUGAGGUCGUGCGUGCGAGCGGGGACGGUGAAGCGGGUGAUUCUGACGUCGUCGGACGCCAGCGUGUCCAGGAGGCCGCUGCAGGGCGGCGGCCACGUGCUGGACGAGAGCUCCUGGUCCAACGUCGAGUACAUCAGAGCCAACAAACCACCAACUUGGGAAUACGUCGUGUCCAAGGUGCUUCUCGAGAAGGCGGCGAGCAAAUUUGCGGAGGAGAACGGCAUCAUCCUCGUCAUCGUGCUGCCCGUGUUCACCUUGGGCGCGGCGCCGGUCUCCAAGCCCACAUCAAGCGUCCCCGUCACCCUCUCCCUGUUGUCUGGCAAUGAGACACAGCUGGACAUCCUGAUAGGCGUACAGUCGGUCACCGACUCCGUGUCGAUAUGCCACGUGGAGGAUCUGUGUCGCGCUGAGGUGUUUGUAGCCGAGAACGAGUCCUUGGCGGGCAGGUACAUCUGCUGCAGCCACAACACCACCUUCGUGCAGCUUGCCCGUCUCGUAGCCGAGAAGUACCACAAUACAAUGUGAAACUUGAACGCUUUGCUGGGUCCCUAGAGAAGCCAAGAGUGUGUUUAUCGUCUCAGAAGCUCAUCGGGGAAGGGUUCGAGUUCAAGCACGAUGAUUUAAGUGAGAUAUUCGACAUUAGCUUGGCCUGAUGGUUGUACGUGUGUGGUUGUUUCCAUGAGACCGCGGCGGUUCGAGUCCUUGCCGGUGGAAGGGCUCCGUUUUUAAAUCUUUUUUCGAGCUUUGUUAGGGUUUGUGUCCUGCUUAGGAAGGCGAGACGGGGGCGGCUCCCUGAAGAUGGAAUAAAGGUCUCCCCGCCUAGCCCCCGUU